UUCCGAUUUUCGGCACGAUGAAUUUGUGUGUCGGACAAGUUUGUGGCAAUAGCAGUUUCGUUUAAAUGUCAAAAUUGGCAAUGCUAUUCUGAAGUUAAAUUUGGUUAAAAUUCGAAUUAUCUGUUCCGGUUUUUCCAUCUUGUGCAGAAAAACGUGUGUGGUGUUGGAGGCUGAGUAAAAUUUAUUUAGGGCUUGAAAAUCAGGGAAGUGAAUUUUUGUGUUUAUUUGUUGUCAUAGCAGGCUUUUAUUCGAUAUUAUUCCACCUUUUAGUGUUAUUUGAAUGCUAACUGGAAGUUGUGCAAAUGAAAAAAGUUUUAACGGGUGAAAAAAAUUAUCACUUCAAGGAGUGAGUUUUAUUAUUUAUAUAACUGGGUGUAAUUUCCUUUUUCUGUGCCAUUCAGCUCCCAAGUUUUGUUUUAAACACAGUUGACGAAAAGUGUUUCUUCAAAGUUAUACCGCUGUACUCUGCUACUUUCGCGCAAUGCUAGGCUGUAUAGGGCGAAUAUAUUUUGACUUGGGGAAUUGUUGAGGUCUAAUCUUUGAGAAUUGACGGAGGAGGUAUUGAAUGAUGGUGUUGCUGUCUAUAAAUAGGUCGGAAUUAAGUUGCAUCAAGGAAAAGGAAUCUGGGGAGGGUAGGUGAUCAUUUGUGCUUCUGGCAUUUUCACCGUCUUUUGGUUGUGGUGUAUGUCUGUUAGUUCCCACACACCUUCCCUCUAAACAACGAACUUUAUCAACUUAAUUGCCGUUUCCUUCAUAUGCGAAAUUAUAAAUAUUGAAUGAAGGAGGAGGAGUCUUUUUUGUGGAGCUGAGCCUAGGCGUGCCUUUUUUUUUCUCCCUCCCGCCUAAGCCUACUUUGAAUCGGGGGAACUUAUAUUUUUCAACUCUUAUCACUGCUUUUCGAUUCCAUCGCAGAGCAGACAUAAAAUAUGGUUUGCUUAUAUAGGAGUGGAUAUGCGCUUGGUGCGCUCUAAUUAUGAGUGGGUUUCGUUAAGUUAAGUUAAGUGAAGUUAAGUUACCAGGCCAUGACUGUGUUGCUAAAGAGCGCCCUAAACCAACAACAACAGAGAAUAGAACUGAUUGUGGCGAAAUUGUGUUCCAAUGCCCGCCCAGCCAUUCCAUGCCAGAAGAUCCCUGCUGAGCCAAAUGCAGUCAAGGCAUAUCGUGCCCUCUGUGGGAUAUGUAUGUCUCAGCUAUCCCCUAAUAAAAUUCAUUAACUUCUAAUUCCGUGCCAGCAGUGCGUGUAUUUACCUCCUAACUAUUUCGUCCCUUGUCACAGCACAAACAUUUGCUCCUUUCGCUGGUCUAGCGCUACUAGUUUUGGUUAGUGGUGUCUGUAGUGCUAGUGCCGGACACUUGCCAGUAGUCCCAAUCCAGCCCAACCCAGCCAACUAACUGAACCUGAUCAAAUAGCCGGAAUAGGAAUAUUCAAAAAAGCCUAUUUGCAUUCAAAGCCAUAUUUGUCUAACUUCUCUUACUGUUAUCGAUCGGUUCAACUGGCUAAUAUAUCAAUUUCCUAUAUUCACCCAAACCAACCUCUCAACCUGUGUAAUUUUUUAUGUAACUCCUUUACUUGGUUAUUCCUUUUCCUUACAUUGCCAAUUAUGCUGCCAACAACACUGCUAUUACCUCUAAUCCCGCCAAGUGCAAUAAAAUCGAGUCGCACAUACGAAAUUAACUCUUAAAAAGCUUUCAACUAUCAAGUCUCUAAGGAGUUAACUUGAAGAAGAAAAGAAGUAAUGGUCGAAAUAUCGACCCAGACCGAGUUGGAGCAACCCUGCCCGAUCCCACCGUUCAACACCCUUGCGACACAAACGGGGCCGGCCCUUAAUGAUGCCAUGCAGAGUUCAGUUCAGCAAAACCAUCAGCUACCAAUGGUCUCAAAACAUCCCAGCGAAGUUAACCUUAUGAGCAUCGAAGGUAACAACAGUUCCUGUCUCGAGAAUAACGGCAAAGAUGAUCACGUAAAUCAACAGCAAAUGCAAAAGCGUUAUCGAUCUUCAAGUGCCAAAUCACAAAAAGCAAGAGCGGUUAGCCAUCGAAAUCUAGCAAGUCCUUUUGGAGCCAAUGAUGCAAUUGUUGUGAACUCGCACCAUAACCAGAAUUUACAAUCUCACGAAAAGCAAUCGUCGCUGCCUAAAUGGAAGACCUUCCAUAGUGAAGUUUCAGAAACUUCAGCUAGCCCACCUUGGCCGCAAAAUAUACACAGCAUCAACAAUAACAACAGUUUUUCAACAGAUUCGGAGAAUCUGGGAAAAACUAUUUAUGUAGUAAAUCAACCUUCAUUGAAAACUCAACUUCCAAGGGAAGCAAGGUCACUGAAAGACCUGGUGUCUGCUUCACAGCAGAAGGAUCCUUCAGUCCAUGCUUUGCCCUUUGGCAGUAAUCAACAUCGAGCAGCAAUGGAUCCUCACACCGAGUAUGUAGGCUAUUCGGAAUGUUCACAUUGUGGCGCCUUAUCAGCCAAAUCCCUCGACAAAAUUCACAUAGUGCCCACAACUAACAAGAACUUACGAGCGCUGGAACAUGAGAGUCUCGGGUUGAGAAAUUCGGUAGCUGUGGGAUCGGCAAAUGAAUCGACUCAGGGUUUAAUCGAUUUGGCAAUUUUGGAGCGUUCGAAUUCCAGACAUCGAAGUCGAGACACGUCAGAUCGUAGUAGAGAACGAUCUUCAUUUCAUAGGUCUAGAAGUCGUUCUAGGAACAAACAUGUUCAUAUUUCCAGCGAAGUGAUAUCAAUAAACAACUCUUUGAAACGAAGUAAGUCGGCAAAGAGUUCAGACAACAACUCGGCCAAUGAAAACUGUUAUGAUUCUAUUGACUGCCACAAUCCUAUAUACAUAAACCCGGUGUCGUCGCGGGGUAGUUUGAAAACAAGUAAUACCGAGGCUUCGUUUUGGAGUUUGACCAACAAUAAAUAUUUGCACCCUCCUUUCCGAGACGAAUCGGGACCAUCGAGCAGUUUAACGACAACUGACAGUCGCGAGGACAGUUUACUCUCGACAGAAGGAAUCAACACUGCAAACUCAAAGUUAUCGUCUAACAGUUUUGCUUCCACAAAUAAUGUUGGGUCCACAUUGCAAAUGUUUAAUAAUGUGAAUAACAACGUGGAGACUAGUUUUGUCAGUGGAUAUCAUCUUCAUCCUAUUAAUUACCAUCAUAAUUAUGCUCACUCAUCAUCUUCAUCGUCGACAACUAACUCGAAACCUAAAUCCCUUUUUCCGCCAUUUUGGAAGAAAGUUGCCAUUGGAGACGUGGUGAGAGGCAUGGGCGAUCUGCAGUACAAUGCAGGAGCCAGCAUGAAGGACCUCAUAUUCCUUCGUUCUUUGCUGGAGAAUCCAGUGAUGCAUCGGCUAGUCAGAACUCACGACUCCCUGGACCCCAAUCAACAGGCAAUGGGUAUGAACUCUUCGCAGCACCCGGACGAUCACUACGUCCAGCCUCCUACAAGGUUCAGACCGCAGCCUUUGAACGACAAAUUGUCCGCUUUGUGUCGUGGCGUCACUGAUGAGCUGGACAGACGCCCCAAUUUAAAGGACAACGCCUUCUUGUCAAGACUGAUUAAGUCGCCCGAGUUUGCGGCGUUGGCUAGUACGCACGACCAGGUUGCCACGAAAGUGUACGACGAAAGCAGGUUCCUCCCUGACCAGUUUGACCAGCUUUACCUCGAAGAUGAGCCGAGACCUGAGGCAUCAGCAGAUUUAGUGAAGGCUGUGCGCGUCGUGGGUCUGCGGAAGACUCCCGGUGAACCCCUUGGUCUAACGUUGAAAGUGGAUGACCUGACCGGAUCUCUGAAGGUAUCCAGAAUUCUGGAUGGUGGAGAAGUUGAUAGACAAGGUCUUUUAUCGGUGGGGGAUGUGGUGCUGCAGAUCAAUGGUUACCCUUGCGAGGGGGAGUUUGUGAAGCUGGACAAUGGGGACAAACAGAGGGUGUCGGAGUAUUUGAAGAACUAUAAUGGAGACCUCAAGUUGGCCAUACAGGCUUUGGCAGAGGAGAAUCACGCACACCAGACUCAUGUGUACAUGCGUGCUCUGUUCUCGUACAAUCCGGAGAAAGAUGAUUUGUUACCGAAUAAGGAAUUGGGACUGAAGUUCCAGAGUGGAGACAUAUUGGAGAUUGUGGAGUCACAGAAAGAUCCCAACUGGUGGCAGGCUCGUCUGUACACUGACGGUGACAGCAGUAGAGCGCGUUUGAUUCCGAGCCAGACUCUGGAGGAGCGGAGGGCGGCUUAUGCACGACCGGAUUUGAUCGAUACGAAGAAGCAGAAGUACGGUGGCCUGACUUCCAAGAAGCGCAAGAAAAAGGAGGUCUACUCUGCCAAAAAUAAUUCGGACUUCGACCGACUGGACCUUACGUUCUACGAGGAGGUUGCACGCAUGCCUCCCUUCCCACGAAAGACACUGGUGCUAAUCGGGACGACUGGAGUCGGUCGUAGAACCAUCAAAAACACACUCAUCAAAACAUAUCCUGACAACUUCGCCACACCCAUACCUACCACUUCGCGACCAGUACGAGAGGGGGAGAUCCCCGGCAAAUCAUACAACUUUAUCAAUAAAAAACAGAUGGAAGAGGACAUCAGAGACAACAUGUACUUGGAGUAUGGCGAGUUCCAUGAGAACUACUAUGGCACGAGCAUAGACAGCAUCCACAACAUCAUAGACCAGGGCAAGAUGUGUGUGCUAGACUGCAGUCCCAAUGCACUCAAACUCCUCCGCACAGCCGAGUUUAUGCCCUUUGUCGUCCUCAUCUCAUCGCCCCCCUUUGAGAGACUGCGGCAGCUGAGAGGCAUGGACAACCAACAGCUCCAUGCCAGCACAACCACUCUGUCCAGGCUAAGUGAUCAUGAUCUUAUGAAGACGGUUGAAGAAAGCAAGCGUCUGGAGCAGGAGUUCCGUCAGUACAUAGACCUGAAGAUUGAAAACGAGGAACCGGAACUGACGUUCAGGACGCUUUGUGAAGCCAUCGCUCGCCUUUCCUCCGAGUACCAAUGGGUGCCUGUUAAAUGGGUGUUGUAGGGGAGAAGACAUCCCCCCCCCCGUCGAACCCAAACGCCCUCCUCAUCUCAAUCAUGAACCCCACAUAGACAGGCUAAUGAAGUAGCGUAACACAACGUCUCAUAUUACACAACCAAUGCAGCAAUCAGAAUCCAAGAAAUGGUGGAGCACAAAAUGGUUACAAAUCAUCCAUAUGCAGCAAAUGAACUUCAAUGCAGAAAGAAAAACUAUUUUCCUGACUAUUCUUUGUAAAUUUUGUCCAAAAUGUAAUAUUGCUUCCACUUCAUGGUAUGCAAACGCUUCUAUGCCAACGUCGAAAACCAACGGUUUUAUGUAAUUGCCCUGUUUGAUGGUCUAUUUAAUAGGCUAUCAUACUUUUUCCUCGUGAAAUGGAUUUUUCUGCAAAUAAUUGUGGUUUCUUGGGUCUAGCUGUUUGAUCCAUUGUCGGAGUUAAAGAAUUAGCUUAUUUUUUAUCACUUUUAUAUGAGCAUUCUAUAUGUCGUGAUAUAUCUUUCCAUUUUCACAUAUCAACUGACUAAAUUUUCUGUUCAUUUUCAAUUGUAUUUUAAAUACUCUUUUAAAAUACCCUAAUUUUAUGUAAUGGCUAUAAGUAUUAUCAUCUUGCUCUAAACAUUUGUAACUUUGUAACUACUAUAGCUAUCUGUUUGACACUAUGGUUGAGCAAGGUCUAAUUCUUUUAAUCUUGUGGAGAAAUUCUCUAAUUGUGAUUUGUAGAUUAGUCCAAAUUUAGUAACAAAAAGCGUUUUUGAAGAUGGUGUGAAACGAUAUUUGAUCACCCGACAGACAUCUUCUAUGGCCUUCUCUUUAUCUCUUCUUUUGUACUUGUACUUUCCUCCUCCCAGAUCUAUUCGGACUAUAAUUAAAUUUCCUCUCAA